AUGGAGGAAAUGAGAUAUGCUCAUAGCGAUGGUCAUACCGAUAUUUGUUUUGACGACAGUGGUCGGUACCUUGUAACAUGUGGAAACGACGGCGAUAUACGAAUUUGGGAAGGCUUCGAAGACGAAGAUCCAGUGUCUCAUCACAUGGGCGAUAGCGUUUCCGCUGUGGCUGUGAAAGAAAACAAGCUUUAUGUGGCUUCUGAUGAUUUUAAGUUAAAGUGCUAUUUAUUUCCUGAUACAGAGUUUGAUGGAAUAAUUGCAGAGUUCAGUUCAACCGUUUAUCAUAUUGUUUGUAGCAAAGAUGGAAACUUAGUAGCUGCUGGUGGAGGGGACUUUUUAAUAAAGCUCUACAACAAUGAUAGUAAAAGUUUAGCAGAAUUUCGAGUUCAUGAUGGUCCUAUACUUAGUUUGACAUUUGAUACCCAAGGCAAAUAUCUUGCUUCUUCUAGUUGUGAUGGAACGCUUCGCAUUUGGUUGCUUUCAGAUCAGAAAUGUGUAAAAUCUUUGCCGAUAUUUAAAAAGAGCAAUGAUAUGAACCCUGGAAGCUCUUUAAAUCGCAUUGAUUGGAGUCCUGACGGCCAGUUUAUUGCUGUUCCUAUCGAUGCUGCUAUUUCUUUCUAUCAGAGAGAUACAUGGGAAUGCAAGUUUUCUUUCACUGAUAAUUCAACCACUGGUGGUUUAUCUAUUGUUACCUUCUCUCCCUUUGGCAAUUUCAUUGCAGCAGCUGGAUUAGAUGGUAAAAUGAUUGUAUGGAAUGUAGAGGCAAAAAGUAUUGUCUCAAGGAAGAUGCAUGAAAAAGAAAUGGCUAUUUGUGGUUUGAAAUGGAGCCCAACUGGUAAAGAUUUAGCAUUUUGUGAUAUUGAGGGUCAGAUGGGUAUUUACGACAAUCCAUUCACCUCAAGUACAGAAAUGGAUGCUACAUUUCUUGCCAACAUUGCAUCUACUGAUUUUCAAAAUGAAGAAAAUGAUGAUGAGGAUGGAGAAAAUGCUUUUGACAUAGGUGCAAUUAAAGCAUCAUUAGAACCUAAAAUAUUUGGUUCUGCUGAAGAAAUGGAAGAUAUAAGCAACAAUAUUUCUGUGAAAAACGAGAUAGAUGAGCCAAAAAUCAAGAUAGUUGAAGCACCAAAGCCACCCAUGCAAACUGCUUUUCAACCUACCUCUAGUCCAAUGCACUUGGAAAGAAGAUAUAUGCUUUGGAAUGCUGUUGGAAUUGUACGAUGCUACAACACUGAAGAAGAAAAUUCUGUUGAUGUUGAAUUUCAUGACACCAGUGUUUAUCACCCUUUACAUCUGGAUAACGUAAGAAACCAUACAAUGGCAUCUCUUUCAACUGAAGCUCUUUUGUUGGCAUCUCCAAAACUAGAAGACUGUUCAAGCAAACUUGAAUGCUUACAUUUUGGCACAUGGGACUCUGCUAAGGAAUGGAUUGUAGAAAUGUCUGAAGAAGAAGAAAUUGAAGCAAUUACUUUAGGAGAAGGAUUCGCUGUCUGUGUAACAAAUAAGCGAUUUGUCCGUUUAUUUACUAUAAGUGGAGUUCAGUGUGAAGCAUUUUCUUUGCCUGGACCUGUGGUUUGUUGUUCAGCUCAAAAUAAACAACUUGCAAUUGUUUAUCACAAAGGAAUUGGCAUUGAAAGUGACCAGUGCUUCAAUUUGAUGCUUGUGGAAGUAAAAUUAGGUGGCCAUUGCAUCGUCAGAGAUUAUCCGCUUCCUCUUAGUCCUAAAUCAUUUUUAUGUUGGCUUGGAUAUUCAGAUGAAGGACAUCUUACCAUUGCAGACACAUGCGGUGUGGUUUCUCUUUUCAAUACUCGUUGGGGAGUAAAAUGGACACCUAUAGCAAAUGUUAAUCAAAAUUUAAAAGGAAAGUCAGACAAUUAUUUUGUUAUUGGACUUUCAGAAAUAAAGCAAGAAAUCAGAUGUAUAUUAUGUAAGGGUUCCAGGUACCCAAUUUUGUUGCCAAAACCUACUGUGUCUGUGGUUUCAUUUUCCCUACCAUUUUGUGAAAUGACUACUGAUAAAGGUAGAUUAGAAGAAGAAAAUCGAAGGUAUUCACUUACCCACAAGUGUUUAGAAAAUUUAUUGAAAGAAGGGUAUGAAGUUGAAUCUGAGCAUAAAAGCGUGGAAAAGAAAUGGAUGGAUGUCCUACUAAAAUUAUUUGCUCUAGCUACAAGAACUGAUAGAGAAUACAGAGCUUUAGACAUAGCUGAAUUGAUGCCUAAUCCUAUAGUAAUUCAAGGUGCAAUAAAAUAUGCAACUCAACGACAUAGGAUUGCACUUGCAGAGCGAUUGGGUGAAGUAAUGAAUAAGAAACUUAAUGUUUGUGAAGAAGAAGAAGAUGAAGAAGAUUUCCUUUCAAUGAAAUAUGAUGAAGUUGAAGAAAUAAGAAGCUCUCCUGCUAUCCCAUAUCUUAAUCAUGAAGAAAAAGAUACAGUAUUGCGACCCAAGCCUCUUUUUAGAACCAGAAAUGAAACUCCUAAAGAAACUUAUGAAGAUGUAGAAGUUUCCAGUUUUGGCAUUAAAGAAAAUGGUGUGGCUGAAAAUGGGUCCCUCACUCCCAAAGCAUCUCCUAUGUCCAAUCCUUUUAAGGCUGAGUCCAAGCUUAAGACAAAGUUGGGUGCAAGUCCUGGUGGAAUUGAUGAAAUUUUAUCUAGUAGUGGGAAGGAGAGAUUAAUUUCUCCUACUAUUCCAGAAAAAAAAAUUUCUUUCAAAUCAAGACCUGCAUCCAAAAAGAUUGAAAAGAAAACUGAUACAAAAGAAAAAUCAUCACAAUUUGGAUUCAAACUAUUUCUGGAGGAAAAAAGACAAGAAAUAAUCAGCCAACGGUCUUCUUCUUCUUCAACAGAAGUUAAUGAAAGUGAACUUGUUAGAACAGCAAUAAAAUUAUAUAAAGAACUUCCUGCGUCUGAAAAACAGAAAUAUGCUGGAAACACUGAAGAAUCGUGUAAUGGCACUACAACUGUAAAUGGAACUGACGUCAAUGAAAAUAAUCCAGCCAAAGAUUCUGAAAAAUCUCUUACAACGAAAAUGAAAGAAAAAAGAAAAGAGAAGAUAGAUUCCGAAGAAGGUUUACCAAAACCAAAAAAGAUCAAAACAUCUCAAACAAAACUUUCUGAGAAUUCUCUCCAAAAACUUACACAGUUUGCCUUUACAAAAACAUCUAAAUGAUAACUAGAUAUUUUUUGUUUAGAUCAUUUUAAAAUUUUAAUUUUUAUAUGUAUAUACAUAUGUAUGUUUAUGUGUAUGUCUGACUAUUUAAAAUGAAAAAAACAUUUAAAAAUGUUUUCCUUUGUGUAUUACUAUUUUGAAAAAUAAGCUUACAUGUUAAACUUGUUGAA